UUCUGGCUCAGUCGCACACCGGCGCUUUGACCAGCGGAAGCUAUUCCGCAGUGGUUGACGGGAUUUGGUGAUGUGGCCCCCCCUUCCCUCCCCCCUUCCCGGGAUGUCGGAAGAAACCCGACAGAGCAAAUUGGCAGCUGCCAAGAAAAAGUUGAGGGAGUAUCAGCAGAAGAAUAAUCCUGGUACUCCUGCAGGAGUAAAGAAAAAACGGAAGAUCAAAAAUGGGAGUUGCUCAGAAACAACAGCUUCUCAUAGUUGUCACUCCCCUGAGGAUAUUCAGGACAUCCUGAAGGUGCUGGUGUCCGACCUUAACCGCUCCAAUGGGGUAGCACUCCCCCCAUUGGACAAGUGGCAGGCGCCCAAAGACCGCGCCACUCCUGCCAAACCAACUAUUGAUGACACCGUGGCACCUGAUGGUGUCCCUUCGCCUUGUGCUAGUCCCCUUCGUGUUACUAGCAUGGCGUCAGUUCAGAGUCACGAUGCAGAAAAUGGCCCUUUCCUUACGGAUGAAAACGAAUGUCUGUCAUCUACCGAGAGCCUGCGACAACUUUCUCAGCAGCUCAAUGGUCUUGUGUCUGAGUCUUCAUCCUACGUCAAUGGAGAGGGCCUGUCAUCUGCUAAUAUGAAGGAUCUGGAGAGCCGGUACCAAGAGCUAUCACUAGCCCUGGACUCCAGCAAUCUAACAAACAAACAACUCAGUAACAAGAUAGAAGAAUUGAAGAAGCAAAACCAGGAAUCUUUGGACCAACUGGAAAAAGAGAAGAAGGAGUUUGAGCAGAAGCUUGCCAAGGAGCAGGGCUCCCUAAGGGAGCAACUGCAGGUUCAUAUCCAGACCAUAGGAAUUCUGGUGUCUGAGAAGACUGAGUUACAGACAGCCUUGGCGCAUACCCAGCAGGCAGCCAGGCAAAAAGCAGGAGAAUCUGAAGAUCUUGCUAGUCGUCUGCAGUCUUCCCGCCAGCGCAUCGGAGAACUGGAGCGCACCCUGUCUGCCGUCUCCACGCAGCAGAAACAGGUGGAGAGGCACAACAAGGACCUAACCAAAGAGCGAGAUGCCCUGAAGCUGGAGUUAUACAAGAACAACAAAAACACCGAGGACCUGAAGCAGCAGAACUCGGAACUGGAAGAGAAGCUUCGGGUGUUGGUGAACGAGAAGGCGGGCAUGAAGCUCAAGAUGGAGGAGCUGCAGAAAAAGCUGGAGAUGUCAGAGCUUCUGCUGCAGCAGUUUUCUAGUGAAUUGAAACCCCACGAUAGCAGCCAGGAGUUACAGCAGGCCCUAGAGGAACGGGCACGCCUGGAGGCCCGUGUGGGGCAGCUGAGCGAUUUACUGAAGCAACUGCAAUUUGAAAGAGACUGUUAUGUGGAGAAUCUGAAGGAGGACAGUGCUUACUGGCAAGACAAAAUGCGGCAAAUGUCCGAACAGAUGCACAAACUGAGGGACGAGAAGGAGCAUAGUGUGUGUCAGGUGCAGGAACUGGAGGCCAGCGUGGCCGAACUGAAGAAGCAGCUGGUGGUGCCUCCAGCCCCAGAGCCCCCAGCUGGGCCCUCGGAGGAGGAGCAGCGGCUGCAAAUGGAGGCGGAGCAACUACAGAAGGAACUGGAGAUCCUGGCCGGGCAGCUGCAAGCCCAGGUGAAGGACAACGAAGGUCUGAGUCGCCUGAACCAGGAGCAGGAGCAGCGGCUGCUGGAGCUGGAGCGCGCCGCCGAGUGCUGGGGGGACCAGGCUGAGGAGCGCAAGAGGAUCCUGGAGACCAUGCAGAGCGACCGCACCACCAUCAGCCGUGCGCUGUCCCAGAACCGCGAGCUCAAGGAGCAGCUGGCUGAGCUGCAGGACGGCUUCGUCAAGCUGUCCAAUGAGAACAUGGAGGUUACCACUGCGCUGCAGACAGAACAGCACAUCAAGAAUGAGCUGGCCAAGAGACUGGGCCAGCUGCAGGAGAAGCUGGGGGAGCUGAAGGAGACAGUGGAGCUGAAGAGCCAGGAGGCCGAGAGCCUGCAGCAGCAGCGCGACCAGUAUGUGAGCCACCUGCAGCAGUAUGUGGCGGCCUAUCAGCAGCACGUGGCUGCCUACCAGCAACUGGCUUCGGACAAGGAGCUCCUGCAGAGGCAGGUCCUGGUGCAGACCCAGCUCAUGGACCGGCUGCAGAGCGAGGAUAUUGAGGUCAAGGUGGCGGCCGAGAAGGCCCGCCAAGAGUUAGAGGAGACCCAGGGACGCCUGGAAGCUGCCACCCAGCAGAACCAGCAGCUCCAGGCCCAGCUGAGCCUCAUGGCUAUGCCUGGAGAAGGAGACGGACUGGACGGUGAGGAGGAGGACGAGGCGGCUGCCCGUCCGAAGCUGAGCAUGCCAGAGGGCCUGGAUAGCCGAGAGGCCAUGGUGGCAUAUUUGAACUCGGCCUUAGCCGGUGCUGAGGAAGAGAAGGCCCGGCUGCGUGGGCAGCUGAAGCAACAAAAGCUGCAUUGUCAGCGCCUGGCUCACCUGGUGGCCCCCGGCCAAGAGCAGGAGGCAGGUGACAAGGCCCCCGGGAGCGGGGAUGACAGUGUGCCUGUGGAGACCCACCAGGCCCUCCAGGAGGCAAUGGACAAGCUGCAGGGCCGCUUCACGGCCCUCAUACAGGAGAAGGUGGAUCUGAAGGAGCGGGUGGAUGAGCUGGAGCAUCGGUGCAUCCAGCUUUCUGGAGAGACGGACACUAUUGGAGAGUAUAUUGCCCUCUACCAGAGUCAGAGGGCCGUGCUCAAGGAGCGGCACCGGGAGAAGGAGGAGUACAUUAGCCGGCUGGCUCAGGACAAGGAGGAAAUGAAGGUGAAGCUGCUGGAGCUGCAGGACUUGGUGCUUCGCCUAGUCGACGAGCGUGACAAAUGGCAGGGCAAGUACCUGGCCGCUGCCCAGAACCCUGCUGGGGAGCCUGCUGCGGCAACCCCAGCCCGAGAGCUUGGCGAUGCCGAUGGCCAGGGCGAUGGCCAGGGCGAUAUUCAAGAGGUGAACCUGGCCAACAAGGAGAGUGUGGCACCUCCCCAGGGAGAGGCCCUGCCGGGCCGCAGUGCCCCCGAGAACCCUACUGCACAGCAGAUCUUACAGCUGCUGCGAGAGAUGCAGAACACCCAGCAGCGCCCAGGCUUGGGCGACAACCCCUGCAUCCCUUUCUUCUACCGGGCUGAUGACAACGACGAGGUGAAGAUCAUGGUGAUCUAAGCCCGUCGCCAACAAGCAACAUCUGAAGCAGUGGGGCUGGGGGCUCUGCCCCCACCCUGUCCCCGCCACCCUAUCCUUCCUUCAUGUCCCCGCCACCCUAUCAUUCCUUCCCAGGUACCUUUUUUUCCCUACACUAGCAAGAUAGAACCCCUAAAAAGGGGUAUGAUAAGCCCCCUAAUGGGGAGAAAUAGGUGCAGACCCCCUUGCCACCUAGGCAAGACCUGUAUCUUUAUAUCUGGACUCUUCGUGGUUCCAGAAAAACAAAGAGCCAGAGGCUCAGUAAGUUAAAUAGUUUAUUUAUAGUUUAUUUAUAGGUAUGAAAAGCCCCCUAAAAAAAAUAAAAAUAAAAAAAAAGAAAAAAAAGAAGAAAAAAGAAGAAAAAAAAAAAAAAGAAAAGCCCCCAAUGGGGAGAAAUAGGUGCAGACCCCCUUGCCACCUAGGCAAGACCUGUAUCUUUAUAUCUGGACUCUUCGUGGUUCCAGAAAAACAGAGCCAGAGGCUCAGUAAGUUAAAUAGUUUAUUUAUAGGUAUGAAAAGCCCCCUAAAAAAAAUAAAAAUUAAAAAAAAGGAAAAAAAAGGAAAAAAAGAAAAAAAAAGAAUAAAAAAGAAUAAAAAAGAAAAAAAAAAAAAGAAAAGCAAAGCCUCCUGAUGGGGAGAAAUAGGUGCAGACCCCCUUGCCACCUAGGCAAGACCUGUAUCUUUAUAUCUGGACUCUUCGUGGUUCCAGAAAAACAAAGAGCCAGAGGCUCAGUAAGUUAAAUAGUUUAUUUAUAGGUAUGAAAAGCCCCCUAAAAAAAAAAAAAAAAAAAGAAUAAAAAACAAAAAAAAAGAAAAAAAUAAUAAAAAAGAAAAAAAAGAAUUAAAAAAAGAAUAAAAAAGAAGAAAAAGAAUAAAAAAGAAAAAAAAAAGAAAAAAAAAGAAUUUAAAAAAAAGCCCCCUAAUGGGGAGAAAUAGGUGCAGACCCCCUUGCCACCUAGGCAAGACCUGUAUCUUUAUAUCUGGACUCUUCGUGGUUCCAGAAAAACAAAGAGCCAGAGGCUCAGUAAGUUAAAUAGUUUAUUUAUAGGUAUGAAAAGCCGCCUAAAAAAAAAAAAAAAAAAAGAGAAAAAAAAAGAAUAAAAAAGAAAAAAAGAAAAGCCUCCUAAUGGGGAGAAAUAGGUGCAGACCCCCUUUGCCACCGAGGCAACAGCUGUAUCUUUAUAUCUGGACUCUGCGUGGUUCCAGAAAAACACAGAGCCAGAGGCUCAGUAAGUUAAUUUAGGAGGCUCCCUCUCUUGGGGAGCAGGGGUUCCCUGGUGACCACCUCACCCCCACCAAGCAGUCCUCAUUCAGAGGGGCUCACGCAUCCUCUAUUCAGAGGCACUUUGGGGCACAAGUCCCCCCCUGUCCAGCUAGACGACCGGGCAGCACUCUCCCGGGCCUCUCUGAGGCCAGGCAAAGCCCUAAGCUGGUGGUGGGGUGGGCUCCCUCCUCAGUGUAUUAUACUGUACUUGUGUAAUAUUUUGUAUAUUCUGGGGACCCAACACCCCCUGUAUCAUAGAGGUUGGAGCUGACAAAUGGGCAAGAGGUUAACAGUAUCCAGGAAAUGGGGAAACUUAUUUAUUAAUAGCAUAACAGGACAAAGGAAGACCAUAAGAAGGCGGGGACGGGCUUUAGCCCAGGUGAUUCGACUCCUGUUUGCUUUUUAUUUCGGAAUAAAUAAACGGAUUUAGCCAUA